AUGGCCGCCUCCAUGCUGAGCAGGAGGACAGUCGCGCUUCUAAGCGUUUCGAGUUUAAAAUCGUUUAUUCCGAUCAUUUCAGGAAGUCAUGCGUUACAGCAGAUCGCGGGUUAUAAUCCAAGAGCUUUAAAGCUGAAUUUAAAAGAGAUGUACAUCCCGGACAGGGACAGUGAGAAGACCCCGGAGUGGCAGAAGACGGAGCGGUAUGAGCGGAAACUGUUUGCUCGUUACGGUUCUGCGUCUGGAGUAAAUCCGAUGAAACUGUGGCCCAGUUCUGCUCAGCUCCAGGAGUUAAUACAGGAGGAGAGAGAAUGGUACCCACCUCUCGAGGAAAUGCUGAAAAAUAUAGCUGCCAAGGAGAAGGAAAGAAACGACAAACGACUGGCGAGAGAGAAGCUGAUAGCUGCCAACAUGGCUAAAAUGCCCAAGAUGAUAGCAGACUGGAGGAAGGAGAAGCGGGAAGCAAAGACGAAGCUCAAGGAGGACAAAGCUAAAAAGGAGCGGCUGCUGGCUGAGGCUCGGGAGCGCUUCGGCUACGCCCUGGACCCACGCAGCCCCAAGUUCCAGGAGAUGUUGGCUGACAUUGAAAAGGAGGAGAAGAAGAAGAGAAAGCUUUUGAAACGACAGAAGAAAGAGGAGGAACAGGGCUCGAGUGCUACUGCUCCAGCUGCUGGAUCCUCAUAAAGAUGCUGACUGAGGGACUGUUGUACAUAGUGACAUUAAAACAUGCAAUUGUAAUGUUUUCUGCAAGACCCACCAAUUCUCUUUCAUUUCAUUAAAUUAAAUUUUGUCUACAA